AUGGGCACGGACCUAGGACUUGGACCACAAAGCAUUCCUUUUUAUGUGAAAGGUCCUAGAGGCAAACCAGCCGAUGGCAUAUCUUUGAGGUUUGUUAGGAAGGUGAACCUAAACUCUUCCUUCGCUAAUGCAAAUUUUCCUUCGGAUAUCCCCUGUCGGACUCGGAUGCCCGAAUUCUUGAGAUGGUUGAUGACCUUAUCUAUUAAGGAGCUGAAGGAUAGGAGACUGUUGUAUAGUGGUAGUAGGGUAGAGGGAGCCGAGGCAGGGACUCUGCAGAAAAGGCGGCAUCAGCCAACCACGUGA